CGCAACAGCUGCGCGCACGUAGAUUUUUGGUUGGAACGUAUGUCAGCGAAAAACAACUAGGAGCAACGACAGUGGAUACCAUAACUGAUGUGACAGUGGAUAUAAAUAUCACUGAAAUUAAUGAAAUCCACUUUCGAACAGUGCAUCGAAGCAUAACCAAAAACGGCAGCAACAACGCAUUUCCCACCUUGACCAAGUGCAAACCCCAGCGCCGCAAGACAGCAACAAGCGUCAACGAAAUCUAAAUCGAAUUAUGGCCACCAAACGGCGACCGCUGCGUCCGAACAUUGGAACAAGUUCUGGAUCAAACAUGAACUUUCGACCUGGGGGUCCGGACAUAACUCGGUCCGAGGCUAGGGGCACUAGACCUACAGCAGCCCCCACUAGUAUCAGAGAGAUUCUAGUCAUGGGAGUAAUACAUUUGUGUAAGAAAACGAUAUUCUUCAACACGGACCUCAAGGUGGCACUCUACUUGGGCAGCCUGUUCGUGGUAUCGGUCAUUGGGGACUUUGUCCCCUUCCCAAAGACCUACUUCGCACGCUCGGACAAUCUAUUCAACAUGUACUUCGUGAAGGUAGGCUGGGGCUGGACUCUGCUGUUUGUGGUGCCCUUCCUAGUUCUGUCUGCCUAUACGAUCACCUGCGGCGAUCACAAGCGAAUGCUCAGGCAUCACUUCCCUCGCAUUGUCAUAGCCACAUUCUUUUGGUUUUUCUGGACGAAGCUCUUCAACAUUGUGGAAACUUCCUACGGCCGCUGCACGGUCAAAAGCUUCCAGAGCAAGCCGAGCUGCCUUAAGGCCGGACAUCUGUGGCAAGGCUUCGACAUAUCCGGCCAUGCUUUCAUCCUGAUUCACUCUAGUCUGGUGCUCAUCGAGGAGGCCCGUCCCAUCAUCAAGUGGGAGACCAUCAAGGAGCACCUCCGCAACGAGAUGCACAAUCGCAGCGUUUCCGAAAAUGCGGGCACCAAUCCCCUUCGAGGCCUGAACGACGAGCAGAUGAGGAGCCUGCAGUUCCUCUACAAACGACUAACGCCCAUCAUCCGGACCCUGUUCAUCGGCAUGGCCGCUCUGCAGCUGCUCUGGGACAUAAUGCUGGUGGGAACCAUGCUCUACUACCACCGCAUGAUUGAGAAGGUCAUAAGCGGCAUUAUAGCCAUCCUGACCUGGUACUUCACGUAUCGCUUCUGGUAUCCCACGCGCGGCCUCUUGCCAGAAGAGCCCGGAAACGGCACCUUCUUCUACCAGAGGGAGACCCAUGUCUUUCCAUUCAAGCGUCCCUCGCAUUUAUCUGGUACGACCUCCGCCAGUGGAGCCUCUGGCCCCAUGAGAGCAAAUCCCAAUGGCAAAGUGGGAGCGACGAAUGUGCCCAAGGAUCAGCAGAUGCCAACAUUCAUGGGCAUGCCAUUGUUCACCAGCCCGAAGGUGGCCACUGCCGCAGCAAGCUUGCUUCAAUCAGCGCAGCAGAAGCGAGAGCAGCAACAGCAGCAGCAGUUUGGAGCAGAUAGCUGAGCCCCAAAGGACGAUCCUCGUGAAAUCAUCGUCCCCGGAGGCUUAAACAAGCAUAGCAGGAAUUGACAAUUAGGUGACGGAUUGGAAUUUAUACCAAAUUUUUUGUAUAUUCAACGUUCGAAUGAUGCUUAUGUAAAUUAUGAUAUUUUAGCAGCUAGACACUGGCUGGCACAUGGUUCAUCCCUCUUCUCUUCUCCUCUACUUUCUCUUCAUCAUCCCAUACCCCUGCAUCAGCAUCAGCAUCAGCGUCAGCCAUCUGGUUACCACGUAGUAGCUUUAAGCGUUAAGCGUUUAGCGUUCUUAUGUUCGUGCGUUUAUAUGUGACCAACUUUAACAGUAAAAGGAUUUGUUAACAAACGUA